AUGGCAGGCGCUGGUGAGCGCAAAGGCAAGAAGGAUGAUAAUGGCAUCGGCACUGCCAUUGAUUUUGUGCUCUCCAAUGCCCGGCUGGUGCUGGGUGUGGGUGGAGCAGCCAUGUUGGGCAUUGCCACCCUGGCGGUUAAGCGGAUGUAUGAUCGGGCAAUCAGUGCCCCUACCAGCCCCACCCGCUUGAGCCAUUCCGGGAAGAGGAGCUGGGAAGAGCCAAACUGGAUGGGCUCCCCUCGGCUGUUGAACAAGGACAUGAAGACCGGCCUGAGCCGGUCUUUGCAGACUCUUCCCACAGACUCCUCUGCCUUUGACACAGAUACAUUCUGCCCACCCCGGCCCAAACCAUUGGCCAGGAGGGGCCAGGUAGACUUGAAGAAGUCACGACUCCGCAUGUCCCUGCAGGAGAAACUUCUUUCUUACUACCGGAACCGGGCAGCCAUCCCUGCUGGAGAGCAGGCUCGGGCCAAGCAAGCUGCGGUGGACAUAUGUGCAGAGCUCCGGAGCUUCCUGCGGGCCAAGCUGCCUGAUAUGCCACUUCGGGACAUGUACUUGAGUGGCAGCCUCUAUGAUGAUCUGCAGGUGGUGACAGCUGACCACAUCCAACUCAUUGUCCCCCUUGUGCUGGAGCAGAACCUGUGGUCGUGCAUACCUGGCGAGGACACCAUCAUGAAUGUCCCUGGAUUCUUCCUGGUCCGUCGUGAGAACCCAGAGUAUUUUCCUCGUGGUAGCAGUUAUUGGGACCGCUGUGUUGUAGGUGGCUACCUCUCCCCAAAGACAGUGGCAGACACAUUUGAGAAGGUAGUGGCAGGCUCUAUCAACUGGCCAGCCAUAGGGUCCCUCCUGGACUAUGUGAUCCGACCAGCACCACCCCCAGAGGCCCUGACACUAGAAGUGCAGUAUGAGAGGGACAAACAUCUUGUCAUUGACUUUCUGCCAUCAGUGACCCUUGGUGACACUGUCUUGGUGGCCAGACCACACCGGUUAGCUCAGUAUGACAACCUGUGGCGGCUGAGCUUGCGUCCUGCUGAGACAGCACGCUUACGGGCUUUGGACCAGGCUGACUCGGGCUGCCGAUCUCUGUGCCUCAAAAUCCUCAAGGCCAUAUGCAAGUCCACUCCAGCUCUGGGCCACCUCACUGCCAGCCAGCUAACCAAUGUUAUCCUCCACUUGGCCCAGGAGGAGGCUGACUGGUCUCCAGACAUGCUGGCUGACCGCUUCCUGCAGGCCCUGAGGGGGCUCAUCAGUUACUUGGAGGCUGGAGUCUUGCCCAGUGCCCUGAAUCCCAAGGUGAACCUAUUUGCAGAGCUCACUCCUCAAGAAAUAGACGAACUGGGAUAUACUCUCUACUCCUCGUUGUCUGAGCCGGAGGUGCUGCUCCAGACGUAGGGCAGGUGAAGGCCGGAGUAGGCUUCGGGUGAUGAGACCCAGAGUCUUCGUUAGAAACAUUUGGCUACAGGGUUGCUGCCUCACAGGGUCCCUUGGUGCCUCCUGUUUGCUGGUCCUUGUCCUGUUCACUUCAUGCUGAUGAGAAUGGCGUCCCUUCCGUUUCCCUACCCUCCCUAUUUUUGUUACCAAACACUGUGCUUCCUAUUGCCUCCUUGCUCUAGGCUGAUUUUUCUGCAACAAACAGAAGGUGGAGUGCUGGCCUUAGCUGUUGGCUGUUUUUUUUGUUUGUUUGUUUGUUUUGCCCCAAAUGUCUUGCUCUUCUGUCUGCUCUGCACUGUCUACCCUUUGGCCUCUAUUCUCUGUCCAUCCUUUUCUUGGUCACGCUUGUUUGCUCCUGCCCCUGGAGCAUACUCGCCUAAUGAAGAUGUCACCUGUGGUCUGUCACAGAAGAGCUGAUUGCGUGUUUUCAAGCUGCACUCUGCAGUGAUGAGACAGUAUUUAGAUUCCCAGGGGGAGGCUGGCAAAGAGUCUCUGCCCUGGCAAAUGAGCCUUUGACUCUGGUUCCUGGAAAGCAAGCUCCCUUCUCCUCCCCUCCCCCAAGCAACUCCUGUGCUGACUUUCUCACUUAGGGCUGGUACUGACCCACACAGGAGGAGCUGGUGCAGCUAUUUUAUUGUGCUUUAUGGCUGUCAGUGAGAGCAUCCGCUUCACAGGUAGCACCUCCAAGGAUGCUGGUUUCUUUUAUUGCCUUGCUUUAGCAGUAGAGGUCAAGGGAAGGCAAUAGGUGGCUGAGUGUCAGCUAAAACCCAUGACCAUGUUUUCUUCUUGACAGGUUCUACCUUUCUUAAAUGUUGCCUUAGAGCAAGAAUACACCCAGGACCAAUACCUCCUACCCAACCCUUGUUCUCGACGACCUGAGAGUUUGCUGAAAACUAUAGGUACCUCCACAGGCCAGAGGGGACAUGAACAUGCCAGCCCUUGUCCCUUGCCUGUUUCCUGGGGAGAUUGGUGCUACCUAGGAAGAGGUAGAUAAGACACACAGGAAAGAGUUGGGGCAUCACACGCUGCUGCUAAGAUGGAAAUUUAUGGCCAUGUAAUUGUAUCCUAUGGUGGGGGAAGGGAGGUGUUUGGUAUGUCCUGUCGGUGUAUCUUUUCUUCCGUUCAUGACAAGAGUCAGCCUGGUUCAAAAUCUGUAA